UCAGGCAGCAUGGACGCUGAUCAAGUUUUAAAGGUGGCACUAGGUACACCCAUGUUUUUAGGAGGAGUGGUAGCUUUAAUACUAGACAACACUGUAAGAGGCACUCUGGAAGAAAGAGGUAUGCUAGCUUGGAGAGAUAGUCACAGUGGGUCAACUGGCGAAAACAAACAACAACAAAGACACAAUCCUCUCAGUGUAGAAGAGGUGUACAGUGUACCGUACAUUCAAUCGUUAUACAAAUUCUGGCCUUGUUUAGAUAAACUUCCCUUUCUACCUCGA